AUGAGGUCCAGGAUGGAUUUGGAAAACGGGUCUCAAACCAUCACAUCCAUAGGGCAGCGUCGUCAAUCAACGCUCCGCAGUGGUCAGCCAAGCGUAGGGGUCCUUUCUAGUAAAACAGUAAAGGUCGAUUUUUGGGGUGUGUGGAGAAGCCGGGGCUGUGGUCUGGGGUGGGGGAACAAGCUGGGUGAUGGGGACGUGGGAAAAAAAGGGUUGGGUAGUGUAGGUGUGGGUGGAUGGGGGUUGGGUAGUGUAGGCUUGGGUGUAAGGGGGUGGUGUGGUAAAAAUGGCGGAGGGAGGGGAGGUAUGAGGGGAAAAGAUGUGAUGAUGGAAAGGUUGGGAAGAGGAUGA